GAGCAACGUCGAAAAUUUUAUAAAGAAGCUUGGACCGGAGAAAAGGAGAAACGACAAGCUAUGGAACAGAACGUUAAUAUGAUUCAAGAGAAUAUAAAAUUUAUAUUAGGCAGAUGUGUAACUACUAUGGUUGCAUAUACCGAAAUUGUUCAUCAUUUGGAACGCUUAGAUCCAGCAAUAAUUAAACCAGAAGUUCCUAUAGCUUCUGAAAUGUCUGUUGAAUCCAGACGUAUAGUGAUGACGGUUUUUGAUUUGUUAGAAGGAUUGUCUGAGCAGAUGAACGAGUCAUCACAAUCUAGGAUGGAACGAAUGGAGGCUACGAAUUCGGGAAAAAAGCCAGAUCUACAAGUUUUGUUAAGCUUGACACGAUACCUAUUUGAAGAUGACUCUCGUCAGAUAGUUGAAGAAUUUUUAAAGAACGCUCUUAAAUUGAGGUUCGUGGUGGAAAAAAUUAUUGUGAUGUAUGUUGAUGUGAAGGACGAAAUUAGUUUCUUGCCCGUAACUGAGGAUCGAACCCCAUCAACAUCAAUGAUGUCGACAACAUAUUCUCCACCAAAAAAAAUUCUUGAAUAA